AUGUCUGACGUGGAUCAGAAAUUUUGGGAUUAUUUCAAUUUAGAAGAGACACCGAGUGACGCGACUAACGUUACGAUGCGUGAUGACGGCACAAUCCCUGUUCCUGAGGGGCAGGGGUUUGUUAUCUGCAUGUACAGUGCGUUGCUGAUAACGGGUGCUUUCGGAAACGUAGCUGUCUUCACAUCACUAGUACGCUCGCGUCGAAGGAAAUCCAGAGUGAAUCUCUUGAUGACACAUCUAGCAGUGGCUGAUAUGAUUGUAACGUUCAUUGUAAUUCCGUUGGAGAUCGGAUGGCGAACUACGAAUGCUUGGCUGGCCGGCAACCUGGCUUGCAAGUUUUUCCUCGUGUUACGUGCUUUCGGCCUCUACUUAUCAUCUAAUGUUCUAGUCUGCAUAUCUUUAGAUAGGAGGUUUUCAAUUCGAUAUAAAAUACAUUUGCCCGAACUUAAACGACGUUCAGUAUCGACAUGUACAAUCACAUUAAUUUAAUUCAAAAUUCCUUGUCCACAGAGCUUAGUGUUCCGAGUGAUGAGUCAUCCAAAAGUGUCAGAUUUUCAUCAAUGUGUUUCCUUCGAGGCUUUCUCGAGUCAGCACCAAGAAUUAGCGUAUAAUGUGUUUUGCUUAUGCGCAAUGUACUUCUUCCCUUUGCUCAUCAUUACUGUAUGCUACGCUUGCAUAUUCUACGAGAUUUCUAAGAAUUCGAAGGAAAUUACAGACAAAUAUAUCCAGCCUUCAGAGCGUACUCGAAUCCAGCUCCGUCGAUCAGACCAAAGACCUCUGGCCAGAGCCAGACGGAGAACUUUGCGGAUGACUGUUACGAUCGUCACGGUGUUCGCUUGUUGCUGGCUUCCCUAUGCUACAAUGACGUUAUGGUAUAUGCUAGAUCGGCAGUCAGCAAUUCACGUAUCAGCCAGAGUUCAGGACUUAUUCUUCAUCAUGGCCGUUUCAAACUCCUGCAUGAAUCCAUUGGUCUAUGGCUCCUACACCUUGGACUACAGGACAUUACUCAUGACAAUGAGAAAGAUCUUCUGUGUUCAUAGCAGCCCUUCUGAUAUGCCUGGAAUUUCGGCUCCAGAUACUCUGAAAAGUAAAUUGGCAACUAAUGACGUUAUACGCCCCGAAACAGUACGUCCCAAAAAUACAAGAAAAUACACUGUCCGAUUCGAGGAAACUUCAUUCGCGGGCCCGAGCGCGAGUUCCGAUCCAAUUGAACAUUGGAGCGACAGAUCUUUUAUCGAUCGACCAAUCAAACCUUCGCGAAGUUGUGAAGUGUUUACUGUGUAUACGCCGCAUCGAAGAUACGACUAAAGUAUUAUCGUAUUUUUC